CGUUUUCUUUUCACUUCCGGUUUCAUCUCGUUUCUUCUUCAUUGCAAAAUACAACUCCGAAAAUCCUUAAUAUGGCUGAUGAAUGGAGUCUAGGAAAUGCUGAAUUAUUACAGCAGAUAGGAACUUUAGUUUGGGCGGUAAAUGACGACAAGGCGCCGAAAAUGGUAGAGAAUAUGGCAGCCUUAAAAAUCGGAUAUGAACUGUACCAAAGACUGAGUGGUCAGAGAGAUGUAGAUGCAUUACGUAAUCAAACCAUCAUGAACAUUGCAAAGUUUGUCAAAGAUCAUCCAAAGGCAUCAAAAGAAGAACUGACGAAAGAAGUUUCAAAACAAAUUUGGUUGUUCACUCAGAAACUUGAGCAAAUGUAAGCUGCUAGGAAAAUUUGUGUUGUUCAUGUUGUAGUGAUCUUUGUCCUUUAAGUGAAGAAGUUAUCCAUGUAUUAUAUAAAACAUGUAGUGUUUACCACAGAACUGGAAUUCAUUUUUCAUCAUUCAGUAAAGAUAAAGAUGCAAGAUUUGGAAAAUACUUUCGCAAAAAUCAACAAUUCUCCAGACAUCCCAACCAAUUUUUAUCGACAUGGAGCAACACGAAGCAACUCUCAGGACAGAAUAAAGGAUAUGGAAAGAAUAAUAUCAUGGACUCUAUUUAUCAAAUCUUCUGCAUGCAAUUGCAGUGCGAUAUGUUGGUAAAAAGUAUGUUUAGUUGGAUUUGACAGUUUGGUGUUUGAUGGAAAAGACAUGCAGCGCUAUAUCCUCCGACAUUAUAUUAGAAUGUAUUUUAUACUUUUAUUUAAAUUAUUAUACAUGUACAUUGUUAUUUUAGAUGUUAAGAUAUUAAUUAAAUUCAAAUAAAAUGUUUCUUUAUAAAAUAU